GAGACAUUCACACCUGCCUUCCACACCAAGCAGCAGCAUGGACCCCCUCCCCGGUGACGAAUUUGAGCAGCGAUGUGACAUCCUACUGAGGAAGACGAAUAUAAAAAAUGUGCUCAUCCCGAGGGAGGAAAGCGGGACAAGCGUCAGCAUAAACUUUGCCGAAGAUGAGCAGAAAGGGGAGGGGAAAUUCAAAAGGGCUAGGGUUAGGGUUAGGGUAAGGAGACGUGGGAAGGGAACAUCCACGCGCUGCUUCUCACUAGGAAGGACAGCAACCAAGUUGGGGAAAUUCCUUUCAGGGGAUACGCUCGGAAAGUUGAAGAGCCAAAAUGGUACCUCCUCAGGGGUGAACAAUAAAAUGAAUCAUUCCAUUCCCUGGAACUACCCCUUUAGGCAAAAUCAUAGAGAGACAACGCCACAGGAUGAAUCCCCAUCAACGGGGGGAGAGCUUUCCCAAUUUGACGACUCCCAAGAGAGGGGGAAGAAAAAGUCCGCUGCGGUUAGGGACCUCCAUGAUGGGCAUUCAGAAGAGAGUGCCGUGAAUCCCCAUAAGGGGAAAAAGCAAAAGCGGAGACAUGACUCCCCAGGAGGCAAACCCUCCACGAUCGCUGAUUGGUUAGCAACUCAUGUGAGAAACUACGCCAAUUGUAGCUACCUGUUGGGGAGGAAGAAAUGCUACAAGUGUUUUAUGGCCACAAAGGGGGUAGCCACAGCGGGGAUAGGCACAGUAGAAGCACACACUGAUGGGGUACACCCAGCGGAGGAGCUUCCCUCCAAGGGUAAGCCCACAAAUGAGCGCCAAGAAAAAAAACGUCGGCAGGAAAAAACAAACAAAUCGUUCACCUUCAGUUACGGGUUUUAUAGCAAAAAGGGAAAGUACCACGACAAUGAGGACACCUGUUCGCAUGCCUCAUUCAGUUCCUUCGAAAUACAAAAGGAGGUGGAGCAAGUCAUCCGUCGCAUGGGAAGCGGCAAAAUGAAGUUUAACCUCUUCGAUGAGGUGCUAAAAUCGUUUUGCAUACGUUCGUCGAGUCUUCGCCAUAGGGAUGGCUCUGCUUGGGGAAGUAAACCCAGUGGGUAUAGAAACGGAUUGAAGCCUCCAGCAAAACCUUCAAAUGGAGGCACUUGUAGGGUCUACUUAAAACCCGCCCUGCCAGUGUAUCACCUAGAGGGUGGAAACCCACCCACUGGCCCUCCUCUCCACCACAUGAUUUGCAGAUAUUUUUACGAAGAGAAGAGCGGCGACCAAAAAGAGGGAAACAAACGCACGCAAAGAAGAGAGAAAAGGAACGUGCACAAGGACACACAUGAUGUGGAAGAGGGGGUCAAAAAAUUGCAGUUAAAAUGUCUAACCCGGUGGAGAGAAAAAACCCAGCUGUUAGAUGCCCAGGGGGAAGAACUCCACCAAACGUAUAACCCUAAUUUGCGCUUCUCCCAUUACUACAAGUUCGUCUGUAAGGUUUGUAAAAAGUGCCAACAUGUGAAUGCCCAGCAGGGCCGGAUGUUGCCUCGCGCCUACCUGCGCUACCUCCACGGGGUACCCAAACGGGGGGGGAAGAGAAAAAAGGAUGAAGCGUACCACAGGAUGAGCGGUUACACCUCCUCCAGCUGCUCAGACGAAUUUAACUACGUGAGGUGUUCUCCCCCUAAUGUAAAUAAACGUUACGGGGGGGAAGGCAGCGCGGCAACGGGAGCAACUGCGGACGGGGAUUUGCCCAGCUUCUUCACCACUAAGCAGAUGAACAGAAGUAACCCUUUGAGCGGAGACACACAUGAAUUCAUCCACGGGGAGGAGAAAAACCACCCGAGUGACUCCCCCCCAAGUGGAAACGCGACAAACAGUUACGGCACACUGGGCGACUACCUCACGAGCUGCAAAAUGUGCAGGCACCUGCUCAAAUAUGAUAACAUGGCGAACGAUUUUUUGCUGACUUUUUGGAAAAAUAAUUAUUUCUUGAAACAUCCAUUUUGCCUGAACAGGUCAGAAAAAAAAAUGCUCAACCUGCUUGCAGCUAGCCAAGAGAGGGAAAAGACAACAUUUGGAAGGAAUUUCAAAAAUGAUGAUGAGCGAAGGGGGGGGUGCCACUUCUGGUCUCAUUCCGAUGUGGACACUUACCAACACUCGAAGGAGCUGCAAAUGUGGAAGGAUGAGUUGGAGAGGUGCUCCACGAGAAGGAAUGCCCCGAAUGAAUGGGCCAGAAGGGGCUCUCCCUUUCGGAGCUUCCUCAAACGGAGGAGGCAAAAAAUGAUACUAUCGAGGGAAUGGAAAAGUUGCGUAGAUAAAAUGCGAAGGUAUCUCUUUGAAGAAUACUACACGAAAUUUAUCUCCGCGAAGGAAGCCAAACCGGGUGAAGGACCCUCCAAUGGGUCUUCUAAACACAGAGGGGUGGACGACAACUCGGACAUGCACUUGUUCACCAUAUGCGACGGUCAUGGAGACUCGCAUGCUUCCCAUUUCCUAAUUCAAAAUGUAAACAAGGUUUUUUACUUCCUCCUCGUUCACACCCUCUUCAAUGUGUAUAUCUCCCUAAAGAUACUACACCCCCUGUUGGAUUUUUUAUACUAUCGGGAGUGUGUAAAGGAGAAGAGAAACAGCUAUGCAGGCGCGUGCAUUAUUAACAUCCUUCUGAGGGGGAACUACCUUUAUGUGAACAACACGGGGGAUUGCAGAUGCGCCCUGAUGACCUUUCACCUGGAUAGGUUUGAGUACAAUCGGGAGGGGUCAGCGGAGGAGAGGGAGGACAACUCGGCGAGAAGGAAGAAGCGAAGAGGGGGGAAGUCCAAGAGGAGGGCUCAGCGCGCUGCGCGCACGGUAAGUAGCGAUUUUGGAAGUGACUUUGUAAGCGACGUUGGAAACCACUUUGGGAGUGACCGCCACUUCGAUCGCGAGUACCAAACGUACGUCAUCAACGAGAAGUCACUUUCUUACAACGAGCUGAACUGCGAACACAACUGCAAUAGUUACGUGGAGUACUUGCGGAUGUAUAAGAUGCACUUCUGUGAGGAGUUAGCGGGCAGGCAAGUGAGCACAGGGGAGGGGCACCCCCCCGGAGAGAGGCGCAACGAGAAUGGGGACUCUUCCGUGAGUGUGCCGCCUGCAGACAAAUUUGAAAGGGGUGUUCAGAACGAUGAACAGAUGGAGGCACUUCCCAACGUGAAGAAGACGAAGAGAAGGGCGGAUCUGAAAAGGGCCAAAAUGGAUAGCCACUUGAACAAACAAAUCGCUAUGCUCAAUGGGUACCUACUAAGCGAACGUGGAAAAGAAAUAAACAUAGGGAACCUCUCCUAUGAUUUAAUAAAAUAUAAUAGAGUAGACGGGUGCCUACAUCCGUGCAGGGUUAUUGGGGACUAUGACUUGAAGAGGAAGUACUACAAUGGGCACUUCACUCUAUCCAACGAUUCGAAUGUGUAUAAAUACGACUUGAAUAACAUCAAUUUGGUUAAUAUGAUUCGUUAUCUUUACUUGAGCAAGUUUUGCAGACCGUGCAGUAGGAGCUACCUCCUCAGUAGCUAUGGAAAGAUUGGGCCCAUCAGGCAGAUUGUCCUUUUGGACGUUCCGGAGGAGGGUCACCAGUGGGGGAAAACCCACACGGUGCGCGCGGCUAAUCUGCAUCGUAGCACCUUUGUCAGCAGUGCAGAGGUGCCCCCUAAACCGCUUAAACCGUGUCAACCUUCCGAGGGGAGACUCCCCCCUGCUGGGUUGUGUUUAAAAAUUUACAGAGACGGCGCACCCGACAGCAACGUGUUUAGCAGCCAGGCGGAGAAGAAAAAAGAAAACUUCGCUGUGCAGAUAAACGAGCGGUUUGCACCCUACAUUAACAUCAAACGUGUUUCCAUGAACGAAAAUUAUUUAUGCUGGAAGGAACGAAGGAACUUUUUCCACCUGCUGAUCAUUGCCUCAGACGGCGUGUUCGAGUACGUCAACCCGCACUUGGUAUUAAACAUUUUAAAAAAAAACAAAUCCGUGUAUGCCAAGGUGAGGAAGAUCUACCGAACGUAUGACAUGCGGGAAAUUUGGACAACCACGGCAGGAAGUACCCCCCAAAGGGACAUAAACAAAAUGAUGCACAGGUAUAUGCCCACAAAAGAAGAUUGUACUAAACUAGCCAGGGACAUUGUCAAAAGUUCGAUAAUGCAUGGCAAUUUGGACGACAGCACAUGUUUUUGUAUCUUUAUUUUUCCCACUUUUUUUGUGUGUGGAUAG